UUCAACUCUUGGUAAAAGGGAGGAGGCUGCAAAGGUCCAACGAACUUAGGGAGAGUGACUGUAUGGGGAGGGGUGGCGUUGGUUUAGAGGUAUAAACAGCAAACCGCGGAUACCGGCGUGGAUAGCAGGCUGGGAGUGCGUCCUUCGUCUCCGGCCACACCGUCUUUGCUAUUUGCAAAAGCAUCGAAGCUUCUCUGCAGACAUGGCACCUGUCAUUCAUAUGUGUGCGUUCCUGUUCGCAUCAGCGCUCAUCCACGCGGCGACACCGGCCUACCUCAAUGGCACGAUUUUUGCUGUCACUGUGAGUUCCCGUUUGACAGCAGGCAAGUGGGAGACCUUGUGUGUACACAAUAAUGUCCUCACAGAGCCCAUGUCCCUGACCGUCACCCUUGACAUGGACUCUGGAAGUACAGUCAUCUUAGACAAGGCUGUAAAGAAGGACUUCUACCACUGCUUGAGUUUCCAGGUCCCAGCAGUGAGGAGCAGAGUGCUGGCAACUAUUAAUGUGACUGUUCAGAGUGAUAGUGUCUCAAUGAGCAAGAAGACCAAAGUUGUCAUUGAGCCUCCUGCUUUCAUUCAUGUCAUCCAGACUGAUAAACCCAUCUACAAACCUGGACAGACUGUGAGGUUCCGAAUGGUGUCCAUGGAUGCAAAUUUCAUUCCUGUCAAUAAAGAGUACAAAUUAGUGGAGAUUCAGGAUCCUAUGUCUAAUCGCAUUGCCCAGUGGUUGGACAAGUCCACAAGUGGUGGAAUCCUUGAUUUUUCCCACGUCAUGAUUACUGAGGCAGUACAAGGAAACUACAUGAUCAUGGCCUCAACAGAUCAUGGAGAGCAAGUUUCCCACAACUUUGAAAUCAAGGAAUAUGUUUUGCCGAAGUAUGAGGUUAAGAUUCAUUUGCCACCUGUGAUCACCAUCCUGGACAAAGAGGUAUCACUAAAGAUCUGUGGAAAAUACACCUAUGGUAAACCAGUUUCUGGCUCAGUUAAGGCAACAUUUUGUAGAAAAGCUAAACGGUUUUAUGGGUAUGCGAGGAAUAACAGUCGAGACAUCUGCAUCAAUUUUGCACUGACUACGGAUAAAAGUGGUUGUGCGACACAAAUAGUAAACUUGGCAGAGUUCUCCCUCAGGAAGGGAAUUUACCGUGACACCUUUAAAGCUAACGCUGAAAUCGAAGAGUAUGGUACAGGGAUCAUUCUUAAAGGCCGGGGGCAAACCAAAUUCAGCAAUAUCAUCAGAACCGUAACCUUUGAAGAUGUAUCUGAAACAUACAAACCUGGGAUCCCGUUUGAAGGAAAGAUUAAAUUGGUUGGUCCCCAUGAAAAUCCUAUUGCCAGUGAGCCAGUAUACUUGUCCAUUGAUAACACCCAAAACAUAGUGCUAAACACAGACGUGAAAGGCAUGGCUUCAUUUUCUCUGGACACAUCCACCUGGAGGGACGCUAUGUCUUUGCAGGCCAGUUCUAUAAACACAACAGAAAGUGAACCAUUUGUCCCUCAUGCCCUCCAACCAGAAUACCAGCUCGCCUACCUCCACAUCAAAGUGUUUUACUCCACGAGUAACAGUUUUGUUAAGAUCAUGCAGGUCAAAGAGAUUAUCCCUUGUGACAAAGAUGGGACGGUUCAAGUACAGUACAUCAUCCAGGGGAGUGAACUGAAGAAGGAGCAGGAAGUCCUCAACUUCUUUUAUCUGGUGAUGUCCAGAGGUAGAAUUGUGCAGCAUGGUAGAGUCCCUGUGGCCGUCAAAGCAGAAACUGUCAAUAAAGGACAACUCUCCAUACCUCUCAGUGAUGUGACAAACCUGGCCCCGUUUGCCCAAGUGGUGGUUUACACUUUGAUGCUCAGUGGUGAAGUUGUGGCUGACAGCCAUAAUAUCCCUAUUCAGCUGUGCCUAAAUAACAAGGUAUCUCUGAAGUUCUCGUCUCUUCAGAGCCUUCCAGCAGAGAAGACCACACUGAGUCUGCAGGCUCACCCAGGCUCACUGUGCUCUGUCAGAGCCAUAGACCAGAGUGUCCUCCUACUGAAGUCUGAGCAGGAACUCUCUGUUAACUAUGUGUACGAGCAGCUGCCUUUACAGAAGCUGUCAGGAUACGCCGAUGAUGUUGAAGACUAUGAGCCGUAUCCCUGUUUACCUGUUCCUGUACCACAACCACAGCCAACCCAACAUUUAAGUCGUGAAGGGUUAGAAAAAGUGCAAGCUGUCAACCAGACGGCACCUCAUCGAGCAUCGCGCUCAAUCUACUUUGCUCCACCCAAUCACAAAAAUGACAUCUACAGCGUCUUUAAAGAAAUUGGAGUUAAAAUUUUGACCAACUCUGAUGUGAAAAAACCUCAGAACUGCCAUGAAAGAUAUGAAUACGACUAUCUUUAUGGUCUCCGAACCUUUCCUGUUCCCAUGGCCUUCAACAUGAUGCCACUAAGUUCAAGUGGGAUAAAAGGUAAAGAGGAAGAGAAAACGCAGGUGGUCAGAACAUUCUUCCCUGAGACCUGGAUCUGGGACCUAUUUACUGUGGGGGACAGUGGCUCGGUGGAUGUGAAUAAAACGGUCCCUGACACCAUCACUAAGUGGGCAGCGGGCGCUUUCUGUGUCUCCUCCGUGGGCCUUGGCGUGUCGCCCAGCACCAGGUUGACUGCAUUCCAGCCAUUCUUUGUCAGUCUUACGUUACCCUACUCUGUGAUCCGAGGGGAGGUCUUUACACUCAAAGCCACGGUCUUCAACUAUCUCUCCAAAUGCAUUGUGGCUAAUGUAACACUGGCUCAUUCAGAGCAGUACAGCUUCAGAGACUGCGAGGGCUGUGAGUACAGUAUGUGUCUCUGUGGGGAGGAAAGCAGAACGUUCUCCUGGAUCGUUACUCCAACCGCUCUUGGUGACAUCAAACUAAAGGUCAGCGCUGAAGCACUGAAGACUGACAUACUGUGUGGUAACGAGGUGGCCAGCGUGCCUGACGUAGGCCAGAUUGACACAGUGGUCCGCACCCUGCUGGUGGAGGCUGAAGGGACGCUACAGAUGGUCAGUCACAACGCUCUGCUCUGUCCUGCAGAGGGACCAGUAGAAAAGAAAAUCUCUCUCCUUCUUCCUGAGAUGUUUGUGGCCGGAUCAGUCAGAGCCUCUGUCUCUGUCCUGGGUGACAUGAUGGGCCGGGCCAUGAAAAACCUUGACAAGCUCCUGGCUAUGCCAUAUGGCUGUGGGGAGCAGAACAUGGUGCUGUUUGCUCCAAACAUCUUCAUCCUCAACUACCUAAAAAGCACAGGUCAGCUAACGGAGGAGAUUCAGGGCAGGGCCACACGCUUCCUGGAAAGUGGGUAUCAGAGAGAGCUCACAUACAAGCAUGAUGACGGUUCCUACAGUGCCUUUGGAAAGAAUGAUGAAUCUGGAAAUACCUGGCUAACCUCCUUUGUGAUGAAGUCCUUUGGCGGAGCGAGGCCGUACAUUUUUGUGCACCCAGACCACAUUAAGAAUGCGAAGAAGUGGCUGUCGGAGCUCCAGCAAAGUGAUGGCUGCAUCAAAUCUGUUGGCAAACUCUUCCACAAUGGCAUGAAGGGAGGAGUGAGUGACGAUGUGGCGCUGACAGCCUACAUAACCGCUGCCCUGCUGGAGCUGGAUGGGAAUGUGAUGGAUUCGGUGAUACAGUGGUGUCUGAGGUGUCUGAAGAAGGCAUUGUCUGGCCAGCUGGACAACCUGUACACCACUGCCCUCAUGUCUUAUACCUUUUCUCUGGCUGGAGACCUGGACACGAGGAGCAAACUCCUCACAUACCUGCACCAGAAGUCCUACACACAGGGAGGAACCCGUCACUGGAACAGAGCUGGGGUGUCUGCAACGAACCUGGACUCUCUUGAGGUGGAGAUCACAUCCUAUGUGCUGCUGGCUGUGUUGUCCGGCCCUGCCACGCCAGACUUUGGACUGGACUACUCCUCUGGCAUUGUGCGCUGGCUCAUUCAGCAACAGAAUCCCUACGGCGGCUUCUCUUCUACACAGGACACGGUGGUGGCCCUCCAGGCUCUGGCUAAGUACGGAGCCCACACAUACAAUGAGGAAGGCAGUACCACUGUGACAGUGGCGUCAUCAUAUGGUCUGAGCAAAGAGUUCAAAGUGGACCAGAGCAACAGGCUGCUAUAUCAGGAGGAGAAGGUGACUGAGGUCCAUGGAGAGUUUACCAUCAAAGCCCAGGGCCAGAGCUGUGUACUGACACAGAUCUCCAUGCAUUACAACGUUCCUCCUCCCCCGGACUUCUCUGCCUUCAACAUCUCAACACACACAAUGGCCAAGUGCAAUGUCAGCCGCCCUCAGUUCAUCCUCUUUAUUCAUGCCAGGUACCAAGGCAGAAGAGAGGAAACAAACAUGGUGAUCAUCAACAUCAAAAUGCUGUCUGGCUAUAUUCUGGAUAAGACCUCCUUGAAUUGGCUGAGGAACGACAACUCAGUGAAACGUGUGGAUGUGGAGGAAGGAUGGAUCAAUAUCUACUUGGAUGGGCUAAAGAAGGAGGAGUCAAAGAUGUACAGCUUGACACUAGAGGAGGAUGUGUCCGUCAGGAACCUGAAACCCGCUGUGCUUAAAGUCUAUGAUUACUACCAGACCAGUGAUGUGGCCGUCACUGACUACACCUCCCCCUGCGGAGAGAGUGACACUGUGAAUGAGUUGUAAAACUCUGCAAACGCUACUGUUAAAACCUUUACUAGUGAGAAUAAGAAGCUUCUAGGUGUUUACUUUUUAAGACAUUGGUUGUUUUCCACUCCUCCCACACUUUUUAGCUAUAUGUCAUUUUAAGGGAAUCUCACUUUGUCAUUGUAGAUUUUUUUCCUUUCAUGUGCUGCUGUUACUGUAUGCGUUUCAUUUUAAUCAAUAUUAAUGAACCAGGAAAUGGAGCCACACGGUAGCUACUGCUUUUUCCAUCAUGUUAUAAGCCAAUUAAUUCAAGAAGAGCAGAAAGAAAUUGUCUGCAACAGUUGUUUUUAGUACGUCUGACAAAAUUCUUCUUAUUCACAAAUGAAAGUGACAUACUGUACAGAGGGUACCAUUAACAAUAUGGCCUGAGUACUCAUGCUGAGUGAGUGUGGGAGUUAACAAGAACUAUUUGCCAGUGACAGGUGAGUGUUGCUGUACCAGUAAAAAAAAAAAAAAAUCACUAAUAAAUUUUCUACUGUAAUUGACAAUAACAUUUCUUAAAUGGCAAGUAAAGAUUGUACAUGUUUUCAUACAGUUUCAUUUUAAUAUUAAUAUUUUCAUUCAGGGAUUCUCUUUGUAUGUUUCCUAUCUUUUCAACAUAGACAACAGUCAUGUAUAUACUGUAAUGUACCACCUACUAUCAACAAACAUUGUUAAAAGGCAAGGAGACUGGACAGAAUAUAUUAAGAUUAAGGUCUUUUCAAUGGUCUUCUAUUUGCUUUCUUGAAGUAAAUAUAUCACAAUUUCAGGCACCACAACAAUAAAUUAUUGUCACUGUACUGCCGCAUGAAACAAAUCCAUUUCACAGCGUUAUCACAGUGUUAUUCUGUUUGCCGCUUCUGCAGCAACAGAAGAACAACAUUGGGGACCAGAUCAAAGAACCUGGAUGAGCCUGGUCAAUUACAGUCUCUUAUUGAAGCUGAGCAUACAUUUUGUUUUCCAUCUUCAUGCCUUCAGGCCUCAGCUACAGUGGAGAUUCAAAAAAGGAAGUCACAUUGUUAGGUUUUCAUUUUUGAUAUGGGAGCAAAUGUAUUUUUGUGUUUUUCUCUUUCAGACAAUGCCAAAUGUGACACUGGAACAAACAUUUUUAACUUUGUUAACUUAUAGCUGCAUGUGCAACAUGUUUGGCUGUAUUUUACUUAAACUAAUUAAACUAUAACCUGAUACCAGCCCUAAACAA